AUUUGCCUCUCUAUCGCUUUUACAUAUUUUAAACUGAGCGGUCGUCGCGGCAGAUAGUCGAUUAUUUAGUUGCGCAUUAUUUGGCUGUGUAUUAACCGGAUUGUCAACAUCGUAUGAAAUUGACACUUCGUCAAAUGUCCAUCUCUCUGAUCUCUCGGCAAUUCUUUAUUUAUUUCGUUAAUAAAAAUUAAAAAGAGAGUUCUUAUAAAUUAAAUAAACCAUCAGCAUGACGGUGAAACCGCGAGACGUACCAGAUAAUGACGAUGACCCCGUCGAAAGCAUGCUGAAGAAAACCGGAUGCCUUGAAUUACAUUAUAAAGUGCAGGAGUGCAUAGCCACCACAAAGGACUAGAAAUGUCAAGCACAAGUUGAAGAGUUUCGGUAUUGCAUCGGCAAGCACAAAAAAAAUGAGGAAAUGGCCAAUGCUAAGAAAUAAUUCAAGGUCUAUACCUAAAGCAAGCUUGGUUCUUCAUACAGACAUAUUUUAAUAUAUUAUAGAGGUAUAUGCUAUAAUUAUGUAACUAAUAGCUAGAUUGCUCUGAAACUUUGUACAUAUACAUACAGUACAUUAACAUAUGUGAUUAGGGUAAGAUACCGUAGUUUAAAAAAUACAAAAAAUAUUUUCAUACAAAUUUUGUAUUUUAUUUUGUUUGUUUCGUUAGCUGAAGCAUUUAAACAUUUUAGUUCUAAGACAUACCUCAUGUCUUUGUAUAGGUUCAUUAUAGUCCAACAGUUACUUUUAUAAUUAAUGAAAUUCAGCCGAGCUUGCCAAAGACCCUAAGCCGAUACAGUGGCAUGGCACUGCUAACAUCAAAUUUCUAUGAUUAAUUGACUUAGGUACAUCACCUUGAUACUAACCUUACCCUCGGUUACGUUUUAUGUGCUUAUUUAUAACUUAAUUUGCUGUAAAAUAAUUUAUGUACUUACCAAAGAAUUAUUUGAAAAGUA